AUCGCGCAUCAUAUCGGAGUCAUCCGCUGUAGCCUUCAUGUAAUCGCGUUGAAAAACUUUACCAAAGGGUUGAAAAACCUCCCUUUUGGAAGUUUAAAUCUUCAAAAGGCAAACUUAUGAAGAAAGAGCUUUUGAUUAACUUCACAUUUCGCGGAGUUUUAGUCGGCAAGGGUAAAGGAAAGAAGGCUAAAAGAAGAAAAUGGCAAAUUUUAACCUCAGAAAAGCGGAACCCAAAGACGUUGCCGAUUUAUUGCGGUUGAUCAAGGAACUCGCCAAGUUUGAGGAGAUGGAGGAACAAGUCGUCCUUACCGAGAAAGACCUGCUGGAGGACGGCUUCGGGGAGCAUCCAUUCUACCACUGUCUAGUCGCAGAGGUCCCAGAGGAACAACGCAGCAGCGAUGGCCAUGUGGUGGUGGGGUUUGCGAUGUACUACUUCACGUAUGACCCGUGGAUUGGCAAGCUGCUGUACCUGGAGGACUUCUACGUUAUGCCGGAGUACAGAGGUUAUGGAAUCGGCUCGCACAUCUUCCAGCGUCUGAGUGAGACGGCGGUGAAGACGCGCUGCAGCAGUAUGCACUUCAUCGUGGCCGAGUGGAACAGUAAGUCCAUCGAGUUCUACAAGCGGCGCGGCGCCGCCGACCUCUCGCUGGAGGAGGGCUGGCGCCUCUUCGAGAUCGACAAGCAGAGCCUUGUGAAAAUGGCCACCGCCAAGUAAGACCCACGCAAGAUGGCCGCCAGCUGCCCAGUAAGACCCACGCAAGAUGGCCGCCCAGUAAGACCCACACAAGAUGUCCGCCCAGUAAGACCCACGCAAGAUGGCUGCCGGCCGUCGAGUAAGAAGAAGUCAGGAAGAGCGCGCAACACCUUCUAAUGCGCUACACUGGGUGCUAACCAUAACUCCGUCAUUCAAUGAACACAAACUUGAAAAAUAAAUGAAUACAGAAGCACUCUUCAGAUUCCAUUUUGUCUUGGUGCCAGUGGAGCUGGGCACAGCAGGCGGCCAUCUUGGCAGCGCCAACCAACGCGUCGUUCCAGCGGGGGCCAAAAUGCUGAUACUCUGUCCUGGUAGCUAAUAAUCAUGUAGACCUAACCUCACAGUUUUUUACUCUUCAACAUGCUGAUUUGAACCAAAACGGAGCCAACCAAGUGGCAUACUGUAUGUACGAAGCCACAUGGUGCUUACUAAUAAUAACUGUAAUGAUUAGUCAGUAGAUGUAAUGUUAUUUACUUAUUAUUAAGUGGUGUGCAUGAGGGGGCACUGUAGUGUUUUAGUAUUGUAGACAUGUGGAGUCAUGUGGAGACUUUGCUGUCUGUGUGAUCCCUGUCUGAAUAAAUGGUUAUAAAGUCAUAA